AUCCGAUUUGUCUCGUUUUCUUCUGCUGUCAACAGGGAGGGGAAAUGGUCCAGGACCUUCCACAUCAAUCAACUUAUCGGAAGGUGGCGACAAGAAGGAAGAUUUGAGGACAUCUUGCGAGGUUGGAGUGACGAACAGUUUCCCAUCUAUAACCAUGCGCCCACACCCAAUCGUUCUUCGAAAGCCAUCGACGACCCGGUCGCUUUUUCGAUCGAGCGCGCUGCUCUGCCUCUUUUUGGAUUUGCUAACUUUGGAUGUUUACUCAUCGCAUACUACCAUUGUCAUGACACUGCAAAAACGAUGCUUUGGAUCCCUCGCAGAUCGAAGUCGAAGAGAACCUGGCCUGGUCGCUUGGAUGUCACUGUCGGUGGAGGAAUAAUUGCAGGGGAGACUGCUUUGUCAACUAUCAUUCGCGAGUGCACUGAAGAAGCGUCACUCGAUGCCAACUUUGUACAAGAAAACAUCCACUCUGUUGGCUUCAUAUCAUUUCCCAACAGAUCUGCCACUGGUUGGAUGCUUCCUGGCUUUUAUUACCUCUUCGACCUCCUUCUGCCAUCAGAUGGGUCUGUGCAGCCUCAAAUCAACGCAGCGGAUGGUGAGGUUGAGGGGUUCGAACUUAUGGAUACACAGACAGUCUUAGAGAACCUACUUGCUGGUGCCUUCAAACCGAGCUCUGCUCUCGCCUUGGUCGAUUUCUUGAUCAGACACAGUUUUUUGACUGAGGACACAGACGCGCAGUUCGCCGAGGUCUGUCUUGCCUUGAGACAGUAUAUGCCUUUGCCCAUCCCAUGGCGUCUCUAA